CUGAAGUCUUGGUGUAACGUGGAACUCCACCAGAUACCUUAGGUACGUGCCGCCAACGUGGUCAGCUCGUGGUGUUAAUAGCGAUGGAUCAUGGCAUCCGACACAAUACGUACAGAGCACGGAGGACUGAACCGUCUAAAUCUCGUGCUCAUCUACACAGCCAUUCCAAAUAGGGUUUCCACAGAUAUGGUCUCGCCGUCUGACGGUCUUACUUACGGCCACCCCCGUCGCUGUGCCGGAGCAUCUGGGUCUCUGACGUUUGUUUGAACCAGGGAGGGACUGCCGUCCUACUACUGGACCACGGGUUACGGGUACCUACGUAGCGGG